AUGCAGUUCAGUGAGCUUUUUUUCUGCAUCAAAAAUGCAUGCGCAGUGUUUUCCAUGUAUUCCAAUGGCACUAGUUCACAUCAGUGCAGUCAGUUCCAGUCAGUUUCCGGUGCAGAAAAAAAAAAAAAAAAAAAAAUAACAUGCUGCAUUUUUUCUGCACAGAACCAUACUGGAACAUAGCAAACUGCAUCAAAACUGCACCGGAACGGUGUGUGGUGUGAACUGUACGCAAAAACGUUUCCGGAGUGCAUUUUUGUAGUGUGAACUGGCCCUAAAGCU